AGCCUUUGAUUGCGUCGUGAGCUUCCCGAGUACUUUCGAUCGAGAUGGCUCCCUCGAUGUAUCACGCGGUCGUCGCCGCAGCAAAAUGGCGCAGCAUCGAUCUCGAUCCACUCAAAGAAAGGACGUCCGUUGUAUUCCGCGAAAGGAUCGGCAUCGAUUUCUUGUUAGGUCCGGAUUUCGGAGUCAUAGUGCAUCAAGAUAAGGAGAACAUCAAUGAACAGCUCAUGAAGUGCCAUAAGAAGCGCCCGUCCAUGAAGAUCACGGUCAUCAGCUCCACAUAUCCGGUGAACCUACAGCUUCUCUGCGACGAAUUGGGGUAUAAAGUGAUCCCGUCGUUCGGGAUCCAAAUAGGACAGCUGCUGUCCUUUUUGCUACGGCCCAAAAAAGCGUAACACAAUUUUCCGAAGUUUCGUGAUUCCCAACUCCUACGUCUCGGCUAAUUUCGGGAUGUCGGAGCCGGUCUAGAAGACCGCUGACCCCCAAGCCCCUAAGUGACUCCGCCACUCGAGAGACG